GUGUGUGUUUGAUUUCGUGUUCAGUCAUCUGUAUGUAAACGUUGCAGCUGAUCGGUGCGGAAGACUUGAAUUCGUAAAAAUAUGUUUUUUAUAACUGCAGUAAAACUUCCCAGAGUCUACAGAAUGUUCAAGCAAACAAAAAUUCUAAUCGUUGGAGCAGGUGCAGCUGGCAUUGCAGCAGCAUCAAAGCUGUUGCAAAAGGGAGUGGAUAAUUUUGUGAUAUUGGAGGCCAAUCAGAGGAUAGGUGGCAGAGUAUACACUGAAAACUUUGGUCACAAUGUGGUGGAUCUCGGAGCUCAAUGGAUCCAUGGUGAAUCUGAAAAUGUGGUGUUUAAUCUUGCUUCCAAGCAUGAUUUACUGGAUUCAUUCUCCAAUCUGCUUGAUCCCAGUAAAAGUCACUUUGUCACUGUCAAUGGUGAGAUGAUGCCAAAGGAAGAAAGCAGCAAGGCUUUAAUGAUUUACUUAAAUAUCACGGAACAGGCACAGGAAGAACUCCAAAAGGAAAAAGGGUCUUUUGGAGAUUAUUUCAUAAGAGAGUAUUACAAAAUUUUUGAUGAGAAGCCUUUCGCGAGUCGCGCUCGAGCUGCCGAAUAUUUAUCUUGGAUGGAAAAAAUAGAAAAUUCUAUAGAAUGCAGUGACACAUGGUUUGACGUUUCCGCAAAACGUUUAACGGAAUAUCGGGUCUGCGAGGGUAAUCUUGCGCUGAAUUGGAAGGAUCGCGGUUAUAAAACGCUCUUUGAUUUAUUAUUGCAAAAGAUCCCGAAUCCUGAGGAAUGCUUGCCAGUGAUGGAAAGGAUAGAAUUCGGAAAAGUCGUAACAACCAUCGACUACAGUUCCGGCGAAAACGUUAUUGUGACUACUAGAGAUGGAAGCCAGUAUUCCGCAUCACAUGUUAUAUUCACUGGAUCUCUAGGUGUCUUGAAAGAGAAACAUUCUGCGAUGUUCGUGCCUCCUUUACCGCAGAAGAAACAAUGUGCAAUAAAUGGAUUAAAUAUCGGAACAGCAAACAAAGUUUAUCUUGAAUUUCCACACAGAUGGUGGCCGGAGGAUACGGCUACCUUCAAUCUUAUCUGGCCGGAGGAAGACAAAGAGGAGUUUUUGCAAAUCUAUGGUCAAAACAGUGAAUGGCUCUGCGACGUGUUUUCGUUCUACACUGUAGCUUAUCAGCCGAAUCUUCUUUGUGCUUGGAUUGUCGGAAAAAAUGCGAGGUACAUGGAGACUUUAUCGGACAUUGACGUAUUUGAUGGACUAUAUUUGUUGUUAAGAAGAUCGCUAGGAAAAUAUUACGAUGUUGUGAAGCCAAGCAAAAUAUUAAGAUCUAACUGGCACACCAAUGAACAUUUCCGUGGCUCAUAUACCUUCCUGAGUAUGAUUUCCGAACAAAUGAAUGUAAGUCCCAGAGAUUUGGCCGAACCAAUCAUGAUGGACGGAACUAAACCCGUAAUACUUUUCGCUGGAGAAGCAACGCACGAUCAUUAUUAUUCCACUGUGCAUGGUGCGGUGGAGACAGGUUUCCGGGAAGCGAAUCGAUUAAUUGAUUUCGAAAGAACGCGUGAUCGCUUAGAGCAACAACUGGUUAACAACUUCGAAGCUAUGCGGAUAGAGAUUGACGCUGCGAAGAAAACGGAAAGAACAAGAGUCGUGAUAGUAGGCGCAGGAAUCGCGGGAUUGGCAGCGGCGAAAACUCUGGAGAAUGCGGGAUUCACAGAUUAUCUUCUUCUUGAGGCUCAAGAUGUAAUUGGAGGAAGAAUUCAUUCCGUUCCGUGGGACAACGGCUGGAUAGAUUGCGGGGCGCAAUUCUUGCACGGUGACAAGAGCAGGCUAGCCCAAUACUGCCUCGAUAACAACUUGUUGUCGAACAUUCAAGGCACGGACGGCGAAGGGAUUUUCUUACGCGACGACGGAUCGAUAAUGAACGAGAGCUUGGUACGCGAAAUCGACGAUCUUGUACGGACCGUCUCGGACGAUCUAUGCGAAUCUCAGAUACCUUUAAAGGAGCACGAGGACGUCGGCUCCGUCAUGAGAAGUAGAUUUGAAGAAUACUUACGCGAGAAGAACGAUUCUCCGACGGAGAGAACGAUGAAGGAGGAAAUUUUCGAUUGGAACGAGCGGUUUCUCCUGGUGGACAACAGCUGCGAUUCGCUGAACGAUUUAUCGGCGACCCUGUGGGGAAAGUUCAAGUAUGUUGGUGGGCCAGAACACCUACUUUUCAAGUCCGGUUAUAGCUCCUUGACGAAUCUCCUUGCGGACAAUCUGUGCGGGCAUAAGAUGCGACUGGCCACUCCCGUGGAGACCAUUCACUGGCGGGACUCCGUGGAUCAGCAGGAGGAUUUUCCGAUUAUCGUGACGACUUCCGAAGGGACGCAAAUUUCCGCAGACGCUGUCAUUGUCACCUGCUCGCUCGGCUAUUUGAAGGAGAACCACCGGAAAAUGUUCCAGCCGCCGUUACCGAAUCGCCCAAGUGUUGCUAUCGAGAAUCUCGGUUUCGGAACGAUUAAUAAGAUUUUCCUGGACUUCGGCAAGCCUUGGUGGCCAGCCGGCACGAAAGGCUUUCAGUUACUCUGGCGCAGAGACGCUGAUCACCGAUCCUUGCCGGAAUGGAGCAGGGACGUCACAGGAUUCGACGUCCUGCCAAUUCAUCCGGCUACUCUUAUAGCAUGGGUCGGCGGCCGAGGAGCGCAUAUUGUCGAGCGUCUAUCGGAGCAGACGAUCGCGCAGGACUGCACGAACCUGUUGACGUAUUAUCUGCGACGUCGCGAUAUCCCGCCGGUGAAAAAAUGCGUCAGAACCAAGUGGAACGGAAACAAGUACAUGAAGGGCGGCUAUAGUCAUAUCACGAAGAGCUGCGAGAAGGAUGACGUCUCGCCCGGAACGCUGGCUGAGCCGGUCUGGGCGACAGUGUCGCGGAAUGACACGAAGAAGAAUUUACCGAUCAUAAUGCUCGCCGGCGAAGCCACGCACGAUCAUUUCUAUUCGACAACACAUGGAGCUUACGAGACGGGAAUCAAUCAGGCCGAAGUAUUCUUGCAAUACCACGCGAGUGCCACGUAAAUAUAUAUUGAUAUGUAAAUAUGUAAAUAUAUUAAUGCAAUAAAGCUUCUUAAUAUGUUGUUUAA